AUGAGGCCCCCGAUCGUUCGGCGCAAAGUGGAGGGGGGCAGCCACCCGCCGCCCGGCCUCCAGGGCUGCUGGAGCGCCAUCCCUAUCUCCAUCGUGAAUCAGUCGGGUAACAAGGAGCUCCAGAUCCUGGGGACCCUGGCCAUCGCCCCCGCUGUCAAAGUCAUCCCCGCCCAGAGCCCCCAGAAGAAUGGCGGGGGGGGUCAUGGCCGUUCCCAAUCUAACCGGAAAUGCCCGCCAAAGACCGUUAGAGCCCUCAGGAGGCAUGUCACCCUUCUGCCCCGCCCGCCCAAGGAUAACCUGUUCAAACCAAUUACCGACCAGCUCCACUACUUGCUCAAGAAGGCCGAUGAAUUCCAGGGCUACUUGCUUUUGAGGGACAAGAUGCAGAAGAAGCAGGUGGCCACGGCUAUGCCCACGCUCCUGCAGAUGUGUCAGCCCUUCUUUCAGUACCUGGAGUCAUCUGCCCGAGGGUCAAGCCAGGCCAAUGAAAAUCUGCUAGGAAAUUUGGCGGGAAAUCUCGCAAAUCUGCCCAAAAAUCUGCCCGCCGCCGUUCGCAAUCAGCUGCUGGAUGUCUCCCAACAGCUGGCACUGCGGCUGGAGCAGCUGAUCAUCCUGUAUGCCACUAAUAACUUGCUCACCUUGGAGGAUACCAAUCCACUUAGUAUCUCCUGUUUCUUCUGUGGGAGGUUCUCACUCAGUGCCUUUCAUCACAUCUCCAUCUUCCGCUACUGCACCCCGAACCCUUACACAUCCCGUCGCCUCCCCCGCCUCCUCUACAAGAAGAUGCGCUGGAACUUAGAGAUCAUCCCACAACCUGGGAGCAAGAAUCUUGUAGCCCAGGAGGAAUAUUACUUCCUCUGCUACCGCGAUACGAGCUCCAGAAAAGGCAAGAAGACUAACAACACGUACCCAAGAACCCAAAAGAUCUGGUCCUUGGGGCGAUGGGUGCCUCUAGUGCCUGACAAGAAUGAAAUUUCAGACAUUUCCACCUGGGUCCUGUGCAUUCAGCCUUCUGGUGACUACCAGCAGCUGUUGACCAUUGGUUUUGAGGAGCCAUCUCAUACGAUGGCCACUAAUCUCCUGGUGCAAGUCCUAACUGGCCAGUAUAUGGCAGCAAACUGGGCUCCCGUCACCUUAGGCAGAAAGCGUCCCCUGCGGCAACUGCUCCCCCUUUUGUCUUAAUUUUUCCUGGAUACAAUAAAGCCAGAAGUGUUCUGUGUUCAUUUUCUCAACUCA